UCGGCAAAAGGGAAACGGUAGCAGUGCUGGAAAAGAAGGGAGGGGGCUGGCAGGGAAGCUUUAGAAGCAAUCCGGAGAGGUAACCCUUUGUUGGAGAAGAAAGUAGACAGGAGCAGCAGCAGCAGUGUUGGAGGGUGCGGAGAGGCAAGCGGUGCUAAAGGAGGAGUUAGGGACUGGGGCACAAGAUUGUAAAUGUAGCAAAAGGAAGCAACAACUUUGUUUCCCUUAUUUUACGUUUUCCCGGAUUUUAAGUUUUUUUCCCACGGUCCCUUCAGAAACGUAAAAUCGGGGUUCUUACUUUAAAACACUUUCAUAUUUUGGUGUUACUGUUCCUUUAGAGAGAAUAAAGUACUCUGUUGCAUAGGGGCAAUGACUCAUGAAAACACAAGUUUGCCUCUUUAUAGAUCCCUGGUAAGGCCUCCCCUUGAGUAUGGAAUGGAUAAAGUGGGCAGUGCAGACAUUUAUGGCCAAACAGACAUUUAUAAAAGCACUUGGCCUUGUGUCUUGGUAUGGCCAUAGAACUCCUUGAUGUCUUUUGACAGCCUUAUAAAGUGAACUUGGUGGUACAUUAUCCCCUCUAUAUAUGUAUGAGCAUUGAGGUAUCAUAUGGAAGGGUUGAACUUGAUGGACAGUUGACUAUUUCCAACCCAAAUCAACUAACUAACUACAAACAGUAGUGUUGUAUUACAUAGAAGAGAAUAUCCACUGAACUGGAAAGAAAAGGGAGUCCCCAGAGAAAUGUAAGGUUCUGCUUUAGGAUAAAUCUCUCUGUAACUGCUUCGCCCACCAUAAUAGAAUUUAGUGUGCAGCUGCAGCCUAUACUCCCACCUGGGCCACAAGCUUCACAGCUGUACCUGAAACUCAUGGCUCUUAUUCCAGCUGUAUUUUUCCUUCUCUGGGCCAGUACUGCAUCACAAGCACAUGGAAACAAACCCAACUUUGUAUUGUUGAUGGCGGAUGAUCUUGGAAUCGGAGAAGUUGGUUGCUAUGGAAAUAACACUUUAAGGACUCCAAACAUCGACAGACUGGCGAGGGAAGGAGUUAAACUUACACAUCACAUAGCGGCAUCUUCUCUAUGUACACCAAGCAGGGCAGCGUUUUUGACUGGACGAUACCCUAUCAGAUCUGGAAUGACUGGACACGAUGGAGGAUAUUUAGUUCUGAUGUGGUCCGCUGUGUCUGGGGGCCUCCCAACAAAUGAAACAACGUUUGCCAAAAUACUGCAGGAGCAAGGCUACACAACUGGGAUCAUAGGAAAAUGGCACCUUGGAGUCAACUGUAGAUCCAGGGAUGACUUUUGCCAUCAUCCACUCAACCAUGGCUUUGAUUAUUAUUAUGGCCUACUCUAUACACUGAUCAAUGACUGCCAAGCCUCCAUGCCAAGUGAGAUCCAUGUGGCCUUUCGGGCACAACUGCUAUUUUAUGCGCAGCUAUUUGCCGUGACACUGCUCACUGCUAUGGUUACUAAGCGAAUGGGAUUUAUUACAGUUUCCUGGAAAGUUCUUGUCAUUUUUGCCUCCGUCGGUAUUAUAUACUUUGCCUACUGGUAUGUGGCCUAUGAGUUCUUAAGGUACUGGAACUGCUUCUUGAUGAGGGACUUUGAAAUCACUGAACAGCCAAUGGACCUGGAAACAACAGCUGGGAAGAUGGUUAAUGAAGCAAAGUCCUUUAUCAGAAGGAACAAAGAGGGUCCUUUUCUAUUAUUUGUAUCUUUCCUGCAAAUCCACUCUCCUCAUUUUACUACUGAGAAGUUCAGAGGGAAGAGUAAGCAUGGACUUUAUGGGGAUAACAUUGAAGAAAUGGACUGGAUGAUUGGGGAAAUAAUUGGUGCUAUAGAUGAAGAAGGUUUGGGGAACAAUACACUUACUUAUUUUACUUCCGAUCAUGGAGCAUAUUUAGAAGGCUUGCAUCCAGCAGGCAGAGGCUUUAAUGGAAUUUAUAGAGGGGGGAAAGGCAUCGGAGGUUUAGAGGGAGCAAUACGGGUACCAGGUAUAUUUCGAUGGCCGGGUGUUUUCCCUGCAAAUACCAUUAUUGAUGAGCCUACAAACCUCAUGGAUAUAUACGCCACAGUGAUCAAACUUGGAGGAGGCAAGUUACCAGAAGACAGGAUAAUUGACGGCAAAGAUCUGAUGCCUCUGCUGCAAGGAGUCGAUUCUGUGUCAUCUCAUGACUUCAUGUUUCAUUACUGCACUGACCAACUGCAUUCUGUCCGAUGGUAUCAAAAGAGCAAUCAAACAGUUUGGAAGGUCCAUUACAUGUCUCCGAAAUUCUCUCCAGAAGGAGCCGGCGCCUGCUAUGGAACAAAAUUUUGCUCAUGCUCUGGCAAUGGCAUCAUACUCCACGAUCCACCACUUCUUUAUAAUCUCUCUGGUGAUCCCUCUGAGAAAAAUCCUUUUCCACAUGACGUGGGACCAUACCGGGAAGUGGUACAAGAAAUUGAGCAAGCUGUGGCAAAUCAUAAAAUAUCUUUACACCCAGUGCCUCAACAGUUGUACAGGUUCAACAAUUUCUGGGACCCCAGGCUACAGCCUUGCUGUGGAACAUUUCCACUAUGUUGGUGUCACAAAGAAUGAGCAACUCCGGAACUUUCUUUGUAUGGGUCAUCAAAGUAUUCGGUUUAAUUAAAUCGUGUCCAUAUUUCCAAAAUGUUUUUCACUGGUGCUGAAGUACAACGGAGAGGUAUACUGUAUCUUACAAAUUGUUGUGUUGUGCUUUUUUGACAACUGAUAAAGACCAUUCUGCAACAGAAUUUAGCCUUUAUAAACCGUUUGAACUGA